AUGGACUCAUCUGCUCUAGAGGACGAGCUCGCGCUUCUGGCAGCGAUGUAUCCAGAGGAAGUCACGUACGAUACGAGAAGCUCAGAGGUCACGUACGUCCAGAAAGAUACACAUGCCAAUCUCCGGCUUCGCAUUCCGCCAGGCUAUCCGUCAACUGCGUUGCCAGAUGUCAUCUCCGCAUCCGGCGUUCAGAAACAAGAUCUUCGAGAGCAGAUUCGCCGGAUAGAGAAGGAGCUGCUCUUAGGAGAACCGGCGCUCGACGCUAUCAUUGCUGGGUUUCAAGAACUUGCAGCAUCGGUGGGAGAGAAUGAUAAGAGAAUAAUCGGCUCUAAUGCAGAUCAUGCAAGUGGCGGCCGAAUGAGACCCUCCAGCAAAGAGCCAGUGGACAAGAAGCUGACCACGAUCGUCUGGCUUCAUCACCUCCUCGCAACGUCGAAGCGCAAGCAGGUUCUCGCGCCCCCACUUCCUGGCGUUUCAGGAGUUUCCAAGCCAGGCUAUCCUGGGAUUCUGAUAUUCGCCGGGCCCGCCGGGAGCGUCCGCCAACACGUUCAAGAGCUGAAGCAGCUCAAGUGGCAAGCCUUCCAGGUUCGAUACGAAGAGGAAGAGGAGUGGAAGCUCACCCAUGGCGCAGGAGUUAUCGAGGUCGAGACGAUGGGAGAAAUGGUCAGAGCGAUUGGCGAGAAGCGCAAAGAUGAGUUUAUGGGCGUCAUGAGGAUGAAAUGA